GCUCGCAUCAAAAAAAUCAUGCAGCUGGAUGAAGAUGUCGGCAAAGUAGCGCAAGCGACUCCCAUUUUGAUCUCAAAAGCAUUAGAAAUGUUUAUGCAAUCACUCAUUGAUCAGGCAUGCCAAGAAACUCGUCUACGCAAUGCUAAACGAUUAUCGGUGGCUCACUUAAAGAGAACCAUCGAAACGACGGAGCAAUUCGACUUUUUGAAAGAUAUUGUUGCUAAUGUUCCCGAUCCGGGAGAUGCUUCUAUGCAUUCAGUGGCUCCCAUGGAGGAUGUGAAAGAAGAGAACGGUAAAAAACCUGCGGCACGAAGCAGUCGUCGAAAACCCGCCGGAAAGGUCAAGGAAGAAAUGUAA